AUGCGGCCUCCUCUGCUUCCUCUUGUGCCCGCAGCAACACCCAAGCUCCCGUGCCUCCCGUUCGUCCUCCUCGAAGACCAACAGAGCCCGAGUCCUGCAGCUGCCAUCGGCCGCGAGCACCCGAGGCCCCGUCCUCCCGAGCACACCUGCGGGUUCAGGUCCGAACCCCGCCGUCCUCGUCUUCUCGCGCGGCCAACCGCCUUGACAGCGACCUCCAGGACCACCGCCGCGCCCUGCUUCUUCCUCCUCCUCGAGGAGAUGCCCCUCGCCUCGAGCACCAGCGCUACAAGGCCUGCCUUCUGCAGUUCGUCGUCGCCGGAGUUCCCCACCAGCAGCAGGUUGCCGCACCUCUUCUCCGUCCACUCCUUCCUAUCUCCCUCUCACCGGACUCCCUCUGUCUCCUCUGUAACAGAGCCGUCGCCUGAGAGGCUCCUCGUCUGUCGCCACCUUCAACCAACGCCGGCCAAGACCUUGUCCACUCCUCGAACCGCGCAGGAUUUCUGCACCGCGUGCGUUUGCCAUCCGUCGCCGUCAAAUACCAGCGCCGCCGUGCUUCUGCCGUCCGCGUCGGCGAGUGCAGCGCCCAGCCGCGCCGACCUCCUUCAUCUCGUCCCAGCGCUGGACCUGGAGCCCGCGACUCCCGCCGGACCUCCGCCUCGCCCUGUUCGUCCGCUGCCUCCCGAAGGCCAUGGAGCCUCGCUGCCGACGCUCGCCCUUGCUGUUGUUCGUCCCCGCCGUUCGGCCACUGGAUCCGGUCGUCCUCCGUCAACUUCCGCCGGAUCCACGCUCAGCCAUCACCUCGCCUCGCCGGAGAUACCCCAAGUCCACCGCCGCCUUGCCAUGUCCCGCGCCAAGCCAGCGCGGCACCGUCCCCUACUUCUGUCGUGCGAGCACAUGAGGACGAGGCCAGCGCCAAGUCCCGCUCGCCCCACCCGCGCCCGUUGA